AGAAUGGUCAUUCUCAAUGUAAGCAAAAAAGUGACGACCUAUUAAGGUGUAGCCCAAGGUGGAUCUAGAUACACCUUGGUAUAGCCUUAAGAAAACGGCCGCUGGGCGCUGCGUUUCUGUGUGAUAAUUAUCUUCCCCUUAAAAAAAAUAUAGUGUCCGGGUCCUUGUAUCUAGUAUCGAUCCUAUUUUAUGUAAGUGAUAAAAAACCAUAUGUCUAUGUAAAAACCAGCUGUAGUCUGCACUCUGGAGGUGCAGUAUAAUCAACUGUUCAAGUAAAAAUUUAGACCUCGGCCUUUUGUUUACUCGUAAAAUAUAAUAAUAAGAGGCUUAAAGAAUUUAUACUUGUAAAAUGUAAUGCCUAUACUUUUAAUGAUUUAUGAACAUUCUUAAAAUUUAUCUAUUUUAUUUAGUUCCCGAUAAUAAAACAACAAAUUGAAAAAAAUUGUAAAGUAGGUAUUUUUAACUGUUAAGGAAAUGUUUACUUGUUCAAUUUGUCAAGAAGUUUUUGACGGAAAUAAUAAUUCUAUUUCUACUACUACAUGUGGACAUGUAUUUCAUCACGGAUGCCUUGAUACAUGGUUAAAAAGGUCUAAAAGUUGUCCACAUUGUCGUGCACCUACUGUUAAUGAUCAGCUUAUACGAUUAUUUUUACAAAGAGACCCUAAUGCUCAUUUAAUAGUUUGGGAUAGAAAAUUUGAUAUAGAUUUGCGGACAUUACGAGCUCAGAACAAAGUACUACAGGAUAAAGAAACUAACAAUAAAUGUACAAUUACUAAGCUUGAAUUAGAAAUAGGAACUAUAAAGUCCAAGCUGCAUCAGGAGAAUCAACUAAAAGGACAGUUGGAACAAUUACAAGUAAAUUAUCAUAUAUUGGAAGACCAUAAAAAUAACUUAGAAUUACAAUUGCAAUUGGAAAAGGCCAAGUGUGUUUCAUUAGAUAACAGUAUAUAUGAAUUGCAUUCUGUCAAUACAGUUGUUAUUGAAAAACUUAGACGUGAACUUGCUGAUUCAAGAGCUAAAAGUGCAUAUUUUAAAAAAAGAUGCCAGGAAUUAAGAGAUGAAAAUUUUCUGUAUGUACAAUGCAGUUCUAAAUCAUUUCAAAACGUAGAUAAGGCCAAUACAGAAGAAAGCAAUAUUUCUUCUCAAGUUGACCAUAUUAAACCUGAAUAUUAUGGACACGAUUCAAAUUUAAAAUUGUCUUCAAAAAAUUGCCUGUUAGGUUGUGUUUUUUUAAUUGUCGAUGAUUAUCAUCAAUGGGAAGAUAUAUGUAGUGAUGUGUCUAUGAGUAAACUAAGUAUUAUUGAACACGGUGGAACAAUUGUACAAGAUUAUUCAUCACGUAUUACACACAUAAUUUGUACUACUCAAAAACAUAGCAUUGUAGAUCAGGGUAUAAAAGAUCAUAAAAGAUGCGUGACUCGUUUCUGGCUUACUGAUGUCAUUGCCAAAGAAACUAUGCUACCUCCAUGGUUUGCUCAUCACUUCCCCACUCCAUUCGACAACAGAGAAAAUUUACCGUGUCAACAUUUAAAAAUAGCUAUAGCUGAAUUUGAAGUUAACGAGUAUUAUAGAGUUAAGGCUAUGGUUGAACUAACAGGAGCUCAAGUUGUUAAUGAAGUAACUUCCCGAACGGAUAUUAUAGUUAGUAAAAGAAAUCACGGUGAAACACUUGAUAUUGCGUAUGCCCUAAAUAGACCUGUAGUCAAUGUUGAAUGGUUAAAUGAUAUACUCUUUGGAGCUCAAUACUGUAUAAGUCAUCCAGAUAGUCCUAAAUACCAACAAUUUAAAUUAAUUGAUACAUUUAAUGUGAACUACGAUAUGAUACCGCAUUUAAUGGAAGCGUGGAAAACUCCUGUUUUAUAUUUAAAAAACCAACAAGUUUGUGAUUUAACCAGUCCAACAAAAAACUUAAAACGUAAACGACAAAAUCUUUCUAUCGACAAUUGUAAUCCAGAAUUAAUAGAUUUAACUGAUAACGAUGAAACAAGUUCUAAUGAUAUAGUUAUUACAUACAUAAGCAAUGCAUUUAAGCCGUGUGUUAUGUUAAAUGGCUUUUCAAAAUUAAAACAAAGGGAGCUGGAACAGAUUGUAUUGCAACUAAAUGGUACAAUAGCCAAGCAGUGUAACGAAGCAACUCACCUAAUUAUGGAAGAACCAAAAUUAACCCUUAAGUUUUUAUGUUGUCUGUCAACUGUUAAUCAGAUUUUAAAUCCAACUUGGCUGUACCAUUCCCUAGAUGAAUUAAAGUUUACGGAUGAGAAUCGUUUUAUUAUAUCGGAAAUAUUUCAUGAAAAUAAUAUUAUAUGUAAAGUACCUGACGUUCUUGCUUGUACAAGACGCCAACAACUGUUCAAAAACUUGAUUUUUUUCAUUACCUCUGGAAUAAUAUACCCACCUUAUUCACGAGUGGAACAAAUGAUUUUAUCUGCAGGUGGUAUGGUUGAAAAAGAAAUAAGAUCUUUGCAUAGUGUUCAACAACUAGAGCCCAACAAAUAUGUCAUUAUCUCUUGUUCAGAAGAUCUAUAUUUGGUCAAUGACUUUUUGAAAAUAGGCUAUGCUAUCCAUUGUACUGAAUUUAUUACAAAUUCUAUUAUGACACAAAUUGUUCAAAUGGAUAAUAAUGUCAUAUAUUCAGCUGCGCUAGAAUAAAUAUUUUGAAAAUACAUUCAAGUAAUGAUUGACUGAUUUUCUCUUUGAUGCGAAGCUGAGAAGUGACUGAAGAUGAACUUUACAACGAGUCUGAAACGUCAACGGAAAACUGAAACAUGGAUACAUCUGAAAAUAAUCCACAUAAGGUUGUUAGUCCAUUGCUGUCUGCUGAAAAGGAGUAUGGUCGCCAUCUGCUUCAAUAAGUUAUUAAAAAAUGGUUUUAUUUUAUUAUAUUCAGAAGCAGAUUUAAAGAUAAUGAGAGAAAUGGAUGUUAAGGAUUACAUUUUCAACACUGAAGUUAUUCAAACAUUUAUAAAUGAAUAGUUAACAUAAUUUGUUAUAAUAUGUAUUAUAAACUUUUAAGUAUGUAAAAAACAUCUACUUAUUAAUAUACUAUAGGUACAUAAAUAAAUGGUACAAUGAUAUGCAUAU